AUGGCUGACCGCGCAGACAAUGACUCGGAAGGUCCGGUAAUGCGCAACGGGCCCAUUCAGCAGGUAGAUAAUUUGGCUACCAAGGCAGUGGACCAAUCCGACAAAUUGCAGCAGAAAUUCAAAAAGCAGGACAGUUCCAAGUCACAAAAAAAAGAGCCUGCUGGCGGUUAUGAUGCGACACCAAUUCCUCAACUACCACCAGGCUACACCAUCAAGAUCACUUUCCACAAGGCAGAAAACCUCCCUUUCGCCGACUUUGGCACCUUUUCCUCCGAUCCCUAUAUCCUUGCCGCUUUGAAGACCGAUCUUCCACGCCGGCAUAAACAAGACCCAGAAUUGCGACUGCGCACUCCGACAAUCCAUCGGAAUACCAAUCCAGAAUGGAACGUUGAAUGGGUAAUUGCUAAUGUGCCCUCCUCGGGCUUCUUUCUGAAGUGCCGGCUGUACGAUGAAGAUCCGAGCGACCACGAUGACCGUCUGGGCAAUGCUCAUAUCACUGUCAACCAUAUUGAUGAGAACUAUAAAGGCUUUUCGCAGCAGAAAUUUGCCAUCAAGAAGAGAAUGGCUAGCAAAAGAGCAUACACUUUUCGUGGAUGUGCUGCGCUGCUUUCCAAGCGCGUGAAAAUGGGAGGCGAUCUGAUCGUCAGUGUUGAGAACUUGGGAAGGACAAAAGACGAAAGCGGCGGUCGUGCAUAUACCAUUGCUCCUCUCCCGUGGAGUCAACACUAUUCUCCACUCAUUGGAAGACUUGCAGGUACCAAGGAUACUGAGCACGAUAAAGACGGCAAGGAAGUUCAGAAAUACAACUUCCAGUCAAUCCAGAUGCAACUACCUGGUCCUGUUCCUGGCGACCUUUAUCACCGCUAUGUGGAAUUCAAGCCCUUUGUAGCAGGAAUGUUUCAGGGCAAAUCCAUCCGUGGUCGACUGUUAAAUCGAGCUCUUCAUCACCAGCAUGCUCGAAUAUACAACUACGAUAAGAGCACCAAAUACGGAGGCUUUCGAGAACCAGGGCUCGAUCUGACCAAGAAAUUCCUCGAAUUCGUCCGAUACGAUCAAGGCGGCCGAAUCUUCACUUACGUCCUUACGCUGGACGCUCAGCUCCGAUUCACCGAGACUGGCAAAGAAUUCGGCAUUGAUCUCCUCAGCAAACACACGAUGCACAGCGACGUCAGUAUAUACAUAGCGUUUAGCGGCGAGUUUUUCAUUCGGCGCCUGAAGCGACCUCACAUGCUCAAGCAUGACAGUGGUCCUGAUCCGUUCGAACACGCGUAUCCGCCAGCUCCUGAUCCAGGCGCAGAGAUGGAGGAAGAAGAGAAAGAAGAGAAAGACAGCAACGGCUGUCGCAUUCGACCCAGCAGCAAAAAGAGCGACAAGAGCAAGACAAACGGACAAACGGUGCCCAAAGAAGAAUCCUCAAGCACAAGAUCCACAAGCUCUCGCGAAGCCCAGCCGCAGCCGCCAUCCGAACCAUCCAAAGAUCCAUCCCACUACGAAUUAAUCAUCGACAACGACAGUGGCACAUACCGACCCAACGCGGAGAAACUCUCCGUACUGCGCAAAUACCUGAUCUCGGCGCUGCCGGGCCUGAAAGUCGUGACGCUCGACUGCCAGGCCGACGAGGAGAAGAUGAAGAAGCUCAAGGGCGAGCAGCGCGAGCGCAAGAAGUCCGCCGGCAAGCAGAUCACAUACCUGCAGAACAGCUCCAUGAGCAGCAUCUCCAGCAGCGACGAGGAGGAGCUGUCGGCGCGUGCAAAUGGCCAGGCUCACCGCGAGAGCAGGCAUAAGCGUGAGAUGCACAAGUAUCUGGGCCAUGGGCGGGAUGAUCACCAUUACCCGGAUGAUGAGCAGGAUACGGCACAGAAUGAUGUCGCUGUGGGGAAUCCGAGUGUCACUCAUGACACGCCCGCGCGCGACUUGAAUGAAAAGACAGACCUCAACGAUACUGUGCCGCAACGUGGGGACGAGACCGCACACGUUACGAACCAUGACCCUAUCCAGGAGAAAUAA